CUGUGGGGGCUCGCUGCCUCCCGUUACCAACGGGGCCUCCCCAGGGAGGGGCUGCGGGGCCCGGGGGCGGCCCCUUCUCGCCCCCUCGGGGGCUGCCCCGCUGCGGCCUGAGGGAGCCGAGAACAUGUCGGAGCCCGUCCUGCUUGACUCAGUGGGACUGCUUAACGUCAAGAGAUGUCGACCCCCCCUCUCGCUGGGGCAGGCAUGCCGCCUGGUGCCUUCUCAGGGACACAAGCUCAGGCAGCUAGGGAGGUAAAUACAGCUUCUCUCUGUCGAAUUGGCCAAGAGACUGUGCAGGACAUUGUAUUUCGAACCAUGGAAAUCUUCCAGUUACUGAGGAACAUGCAGUUACCGAAUGGUGUUACUUAUCAUACUGGAACAUAUCAAGACAGAUUGGGAAAGCUGCAGGAACAUCUCCGUCAGCUAUCAAUACUCUUCAGAAAACUGAGACUAGUCUAUGACAAAUGCAAUGAAAACUGUGCUGGACUCGAUCCUGUUCCCAUAGAACAACUUAUUCCAUAUGUUGAAGAAGAUGGCUCCAAGCACGAUGAUCGUGGUGCUGCAAGUCAGCUUCGUUUUGCUAGUGAAGAGAGAAGGGAAAUCAUGGAAGUGAAUAAGAAACUGAAACAGAAGAAUCAGCAGCUGAAGCAGAUCAUGGAUCAGUUACGGAAUCUCAUUUGGGACAUAAAUGCCAUGUUGGCAAUGCGGAACUGAACAAGGAAAAUCAAACUUUGUAAUUGGAAAAGAUACGCAUUUGUUUUGAUAUACUUAAUUUCUUUCUAAAAGUAACACGUCGUCCGACAACCUUAUUACAGUAAUGUUUGAAAAGUCUUCAAGAUUAAAACAUUGGGUUUUUGUAAUAACUUAAAUAGUGUUGGCUUUGUUUUUAUAAAAGAUUCAUCCUACAUGUUUUACCUGAGUGAUUCACUUAGGCUGGAUAUAAUAUAGCCUAAGUACCUUAGAGUAACAAUUUGGAUUGCUAUGCAAAUUGGGGUUUUUAUAAAUGAAGUGUUUCUGGGGUUUUUUUAUAAUGCAAUUAACACUGUUUUAAAAACAUGUGUUUGCAUGCCAUUCUGCAGUGCAAAUCACCUCUACAGACAGGAAGAGUUGCAUUACAGAAAAGUCACUCUAGUGAGCUAUAGGACAAAAAUAAGUGAUCAGAUAUUACAGUGCAAUAUGUUUCCCCAUUGUGGGAACAUACACCAUGGGCUACUAUGCCAUAUAUGUUCAUCUUAUUCCAUAUCCUAUCACUGGAUCUGUGUUAUAUGAGAUAAUCAGAGCAAAAUUCAAAAGCUACAUAAAAUUACCCCUAUAUCCUUAUGGAUAUAAUUAAGUCUUUUUAAGCAAAGACUACAUACAUGUAUCUUCAACAUUAACUUCUUCUGAAGCUACAUGUUAUGAUUUCUUGAGUACUGCUCUCGCUGUUGUAUGGUGUAGCAUUCCUGUAGCAUUAUGUAUGCUUGGAAUACACUGGGUUUAUUUACCAGACUGCACUGAAUAACGCCUCAUUAAUCUUUUCCUAUGACUGCCAGUCCUAGAAAACUUCGGAGUAUAUGAGCAGUUCAUUGUUUUGAAUUAAUGGUCAACCGUCAUCUUUCUUUGUUCUGCCUCUGGUAUUCCUCACAAUUUUCAUUAGCCCUGAAAAUAUUCUUAAUAAUUUUUGUUAUCCACAGAUGCCGCCAGUGGACUAUGUGUCUCUCUUUCUAGAUGAAAGAAUAUGUAAAAUAAUGCUAUUUCAGUACAAAUCCAUAGGGCACUACUGUAAAUAUUUAUCAAGUUGAAAACUGACCAUCCUCGUGAUUUGCUUCUUGUGUAUUACUUUUAACUCUUGUUCCAUGCCCAGUCAAAUUCCAUAAUAGUUUUGUGUGAAGGAUUUGCUCAGAACCUUCUGAAGAGUCCAGUUAAAUGGUAUCCUUUUAAAAGAUAUCCCCUUUACAAUAUGGGCGUUUGAUACCGAAUUAUCAUUGUCUUGAGAUGGAUGGUUUUAAAAAUGCUAUACUCAUUUGUUGUUCUAUCAGUCUCUUUUUAUUUCAUUUUUUAAUAAUUUCUACCAGUUUGUCUACUCCUUGAGGUAAAGAUCACUGGCUUGUAAUAGAUCUGGUCACACCUGGUCGACGAUACAUGACUUUCCCCUGAAAUUAUGUACAAUAUGGUUACCUUUUAUUUCUUCUUUUGAAGGCUUCAUAUCGAACAGAUGAAUGGAUGCCCAGUCUUAUAACUGCAAAUAAGCAGAGUUAGAAAAUGUUCAUUUUGAUUAGUUUACCCAGCGUUGAAGUGAUAUGUAACUAUCACAAUACCUAGACGUGAGUCAAUGUCGAAACACCUUAGAAAUAAGGUCACUUUUUUUUCUCCCAUAUUACAAACGGAAGAGUGGAUAACUCACUCAGUGGCGAAGCUGGCGGAAGAACUGUUAGUUUCUCUUUUAAAUUGACCACUAUGGCAGACUUGUUGGUCAGGACUAAUGCUUGAUCUCUGCAGCUGUGAGAGACAUGACUAUUUUGUAUUAUAAGUAAAGACAAAACAAAUCAAAAUUUUGAAGAAAGCUUUUGAAAAGGAGAUGAAGACGGCAAGUAGAGAUUUUAUUUUGUUGUUUGUUUAAGAUGCAGGCACAUUUUUGUAUUUGCACGGUGUAGUGGCAGCUUUCUGUUUAGUAUUUUGUUCUUUUUUUGGAACAGUUAUGGAAAAUUGAGAUUAAUCUAGACAUUACUGUCUUCAUACUAUCUAUAUAUUCUUACUAAAUGUCUUUAAAGUUUGUUGACUUUUUUAUUGCGUAUAAACUGUGCAGAAGUAACAUAAAAAGUGAAUAAGAGUGCAAAUAUCGCAAGUAGAUGUCUGGCCAAUACAAUAUUCAGCGUAGUCUGUGCAGCUGCUAGUCGUAGCCAAGGUUUAUACUACAAUUUUUCAUCUGGGAGAGAGGAGAAAACACUUCAAACCACUACCAGAAUAGAUAGCGCAGUAGCUAAAUUGCAAAGUGCAGGAAUGGACAGAAUUGUAAAUUAUCACAGUAAAUACUGUCAAAACAGGAACUUUGCAAGGCGUUGGACCAAAACCAUCCACUUUGACUUACACAGAUGAAAGUAAAGGUAGUGAACGUAAUUCAUACACUACCACAUCCAUGAAUAAGUACAGGAUUUGGCCAAGAAGAUGACAGUUUUAAGAAAAGUGGUGAUUCCUCAGCUGUGAAACACUUUUAAAGGAAUUACUGGGCAUCAAUGUGCUGAAAUUUAGUAUUUUAGUUAAUGCUAACUGAACUUUAACUGCUGGUUAAUGAAAUGGCAGCCAAUGCAGUAUUUACAAAUACCAGCAAAGCAAUACCAAUGCAGAUAUUUCAAUGGGCUUUUUUUUUAUAUAUCAUUGACUAUUUCUGUAUUUCUGAUUAGGCAGAAGCUGGAUAAGCAUACAGACAGAGUUUCAGGAGCAGAUACGAGAACCUAGGAUGGUUCCAUUUUUGGAAUGUAAAAGUCUUUGAGGGGGUUGGGGUUCUUCGGGCUCUAUUUUGCCCAGAGAGGACUUGAGGCAGUGGAGCUAGGUUGCUGAAUAUGUUGUAGCAUGGUUGUGGGAGCACCUCAAGUUAACACAUACUGUCAAAAUGAAACCAUUAAUCCCGAACCUUUGUAGACAAUAUAACAGAUAUUGAAUGUUCGGUUCAGUGUUACAACACAGAAGAUGACUGCUGGGCAGUAUGCAAAGGUCCAAGGUUUUUCUUACAUAAAAAGACAACCAUGUGGAGUAUAUUUAUGUCAUGUUCAGGAAUGAUGCAAGUAGUUUACCUUUCCUCUUGCCUUCCAUAGAGGCAGCCAGGCCAAAUCCAGAGUGCUGUAAUAAACCAUGACCGUUUUUGUUGUCCUGUAGAAAAAAUACCUGCACUGAUUAUAGUAUUUCUUACUGAUGGAGAAAUUGGAACUUGUGCACAAGUGCUACUUAAAUUAAUCACUGUAAAGAAUGGAUUUAAGUGGAGUAGGGCAAGGAUUCUGCUCUCAUACGAUCCAAGAUUUCAUUGGUGUGCAAGGUGGCUGUGCAAGGCGAAAGACUACAGCUGAAGGAUGACUGACAACUGCUGUGGAAAACAGUAAUCUCUGGAUGUAGGCUUGAAGAUCUAAAGUUAAGAAAAAACAUCAAAAAACCGAUGCAAUGACACCCAAGGACACUGUGAGUCAACAGAGGUUUACAGUGGAUGGAUUAGUUUAAUUACUUCAUGCUAACAAAGGAAAUGGGGAAUUAUAAAGGAAUUUACAAAUACAUCAGUGCAGAAAAAAAAUAUUUGGAGGAGAAAGCAAGUAGUUUGCUCACUCUCCUUGUUUAAUAGUAAUGAAGACUGAUAUGGUAGAGUAUCAGGGCUUUAAAAUAGAAGGGCUUUCACUGAGUUGGAAGGUUACUCUAUUUUUAUAUAUAAAAAUAACAAGCUGAUAUGUAUUGCAGGAUAUUAAUGAAAGUGAUGAAAAAUAUGUACCAAUGCCAGUUUUUAUUUAAGAAAAUGUAAUGGAUAACUGGAUUGUAAGAGGUAAAUAAAUGC